AUGGCGUUCUUGAAUAUGCAGCCUCCCGGUGAUAUACCCGGCCCGCCCGCUGCCACCGCUCACAAGUACCGGAUUGAUAUGAAGAACAGACUCGUCCGAGCUGAUUUCUCCAAGAGCGGCGCAAGGAUAGACCCGUUGGACGAGGCGUACGUGCUGGGGCUGUUCGAGAGGCCGGACGUAACGGUCGUCAUCAACGGCCUAGCGAACGGCCUGGAUCCGCACUUGUGGAACACCCGCUACCUCAACGAGCGAUGCGGGGAGAUGAUGUACCACAGCUUCCGGAGGUUCACGCGGCCAGGCGGAGCCCGCCGGGGACCGUUCGUUCCCAUCCCCGUCCGGGAGGAGGCGUGGUCCUCGAUGCGUCUACGCGACUACGUGCGGUACCUCAACAAGCUAGCCGACGCGAAGCGGGCCAGGGCCACCGCCACGGCUGCCGCCGCCCCAGCCGAUGAAGCACCGUCAGCGGCGGCGGCAGAACCGGGGCAGCCGGAUGCCUCCGUGCCGGGGCGAAAUUCUGGCAGUGUAACGGGCGGUGUCGAAAACGGUGGCAAUAGUGGAGGGCGGUCGGGGGGAAGAGGUCGGGCCGGCGCUAAGGCGGGCUCCCAGGAAGAAUGUCGUCGUCGUCGGCGGCGGCGGCGGCGGCGGCGGCAGCAGCAGGAGGAGGAGGAGGAAGAGGAGGAGCAGGAAGAGGAGCAGGAGGAGAAGGAAGAAGAAGAACCAAGCAUGCGGUUCAUGAGCUACGACGGCAACAAUCGGACGCUGGAGCUGCUGCGGGAGGCGGUGUACCUGACUGACAUGGAUUUGACGAGGUACCUCCCCGAGUGCGCGAACAACCUCAGCCGCGAGUUCAAGAUGGACAUCCUUCCCGCGGGAGCGAGGUGUGCUAUGCAGCACAUGCCUCGCGAGAGCAGGACUUUCAUGGGACCCAACCUCUACAUAACACCCCCGGGAAGCUGGACACAGUGCCACCAGGACGGCAACGGUACCGUGGACUCCGGACACCAGUGCCUUGCCGGGAGGAACCGGGUCAUCAUGCUCCGCCGGCUUGAUCGGGAGGAGGACAAGCGUGCCGCGCUCAGGAUACUCGCGGGGGGCGAAGAAGAAGAAGCAGCAGCAGCAGCGGAGAUGAACGGGGACAAACCAGGAACGCCCGUGGUCAGUCACGCGGGAGCGACCGGAGCGGGGGAGGGGGAGGGCUCAGCGGCGGCGGAGAAGGAAGACGAGGAGGAGGAGGCUGCUGCGGCGGCAGCGGUAGCGGCGGAGAAGGAGAGAGACAGCUUGUUCAGGAUGCCACACUGUGACGGGGCGACGCCGCCGUGGCCAACGGACGAAGCCGUUGAGCGGCUCCGUGAGCUGAACUUCUGCCCCAGCGUGUUCACCCUCGAGCCGGGGGAGUUCGUGCACAUCAACAAGGGGCGUCUUCAUGCCUUCCGGAAGGAGGACCCCCUGCCGCACGAGGACCCCGGCUCCGUGUGCGUGUCCGUCGCCUGGGACUGGGUGUACAAGGGGGUCUCGCAAGAGGGGUGCAGGGGGGAGAUGGCCUGCGCGCUGCGGUGCGCGAGCGACAACCGGCGCUUUGGGGUCGUGUCCCUUGCUCCCGUCGAAACAUGCCUCGUACAGUCUGUCCCGACCUCUUACGAGCUAACCGCGACAUCUACAACGACCGACCGCGGCAUUCUAGCGCCCACAAGUGAUGACAUUGACCAGAUCCAUGACUUCAUCCUUCGUAAAAUGCCAGGAAAUGUUCACGAACAACUUAGUUCAGACAAGAUCGUCAAGGACGACGAAAACAUGCCAGAUGUUGCUUCCGUCGAAUACCUCAAUAUCAUUAAUGCCCCCGGCACGCCACCGCACAAACUCAACCUCAAAGGUGGGGCAUUGAUCUUCUUCAUCAGGAACAUUGACUUUGAUUGCGGUCUCGUCAAUGGCAAACGGGGAGUUAUUCGAGGGAUUUCACGACGCGUUAUCGACGUUGAAGUUCUAUCCGAUGAAUCUCCCAACGUUAAAUAUACCGCGCAUACAUUCAACUACCUCGUCGCCAUGGCCAAGGUGGCGAGAGCCUCGCUCGCGAGCUUCCGCGUGCGCUCAUCACGCCAAGAGCUCGGUAGCGCGCCGCGCCAGGCCCCGGCCUCCAAGGCACUAACCUCGCCGCCACCACCGUUGUCGGGGAAAAAAAGAAAAGCGGCAGAAGCAGGGGCUCCUACGGGAGGGGAAGAGGAGGAGGCGGAAAAGACCGGCGAUGAGUCGGGGGGGUCGACGGCGGCGACGGCCGCUGCUGCCACUGCUGUAGGGGGGGGUGCUGAAGGGGAUGCUAAGAGUUGCGGUUUGUCGUCAGCGUCAUCGUCAUCGUCCCGGGCGGACAACGGAGCCGUCGCCCCCGCCACCGUCGCUGCUUCGGUCGUAGUCCCGGUUGAGUCUUCUUCUUCCGCGUGCCCCUCUGCUGCUGCUGCUGCUGCUGUGCCACCAGUAGCGACAGCGGCGCUGAACGGGGGCGAGGGGGCCGUCGCCCGGCCGACAAAUAGCGGCGGCGGCGGCGGCGGCGGCCAGCAGCACGCCGUCGUCACGCGGGCGCUUCUCUCGAGGCUGUUGGCCCUCGUGCCGGAGGGGAUCGGGGACGAGGAGCUGGGGGCCGGCGUUGUGGACGCCCUGCGCGCGAUCGACGACCCCCCUCGCGACGAAGAAGGGGAGCGCGGCAACCGCUCGUCGAACGGCGCCCUGGCCGGUGGCGGCGGCGGCGAGGGUAUCGAAUGUACGGAGCCUCUGCGUUCUCGUGAGUCCGCUGCUGUGGCGAAGGAAGAGGAAGAAGAGACGCGCCGGUCCACGCUUCCACCGAUGAGCGGUGUCAGGAGCAAGGGCAAGGGCAAGGGCACGGGCAAGGGCAAGGGAAAACCAGCGGCAGUCACGACGAUGACGGCGACGACGUCCACAACGGCCUCGGGCGGCGGCGGCGGCCGCGGCGGCAGAACGCCGAAGUCCUCGCCGCGGAGGUCGCCCACCGCCGCUGGCACUGCCGGCUGUUCCUCGGCCCCCCGCCUCCCGCCAGUGGCUGCCCCCGUCGCCGCCGCCGACGCCACGGCCACGCAGCCGCAGCAGCCAGAGGCAAUUGCGCCAACACCUAAUGGCCUCGGCAGCUGGAUCCCCUCCCCCCAGCGGGGUUUCAAUGAUAUCAUGGCCGAAGCAGCGGCGUCGGAAGCAGGUGGCGGCGUGACGCCGGUGCGGGAAGCGACCGCCAUGGUCGCGGCGGUAGCGGCGGCGGAAGAAGUGGGGGCGAUGGCGGCGGCCAGGCUGGCGGCGGCGGCGGCCCUCUCGGCGGUGCAGCACUGCAACUCGGACGAACGCGGAGGUGGUGAUGGCGGCAAGUCGGCGGCGGUAGGGCCGGAAAGAGGCGGCGGCGACGGCCGGGGGGAUCUGGGUGUGCUCAUGGCGCUGGCGCCCAUGCUGGAGGAGCUCACGGACAGACAACUACGGGACUACGAGCUACAGGCGAAAGCUGCGGAGAAGAGGGAAGCCGCGGUCACCCUUGACCCUUCCAGGCCCGGCAAGCGAAAGCUUGGACCCGCCGCAGCCAAGGCACGGGAUGCGCAGACCGUGCAGCUGAUGGCGAAGAUGGUGAAGCCCCUGAAGGAUGCCGUGGGGAAGGUGGAGGUAGACACAUCGAUUCCGACCUUCCUGGAGAAGAUCAACCCCUUCUCCUCGGACGGCGAGAGCUUCAACUGCGCCUCGUGCAAAGCCGAGAUCUUCAACGCGUACUUGCACUGCUACGGGUGCGAGACGCUCCUGUCGAGAGACUUGACCCUCUGCCUGGCGUGCCACGCGGCGGGUAGGUUCGGCUUUUCGACGGGGGCAGGUGGUGGGUGUACGGACCAAGACCACUGCCCCGGCAUACCGUGAGUUUGGCGUCGUAGCCGUGGUGUAGUGCUGUAUACCGUACGACGGAAGACCCCUCCAUCUCGGGAGAUGUCUUCUUGCGUUCAAGUCGCUCUGAGUUCGUUUGUAGAAAAACCGAUAAGGCGCGUUUGCCGUGCCUCCUCCUCCUUCUCUAUGUGGGCGACUGAUUUGUUUUUUGUAGUUCGGUGAUGUAGCCCGGGAACCGUCGUUUUGAAGCUCCUCACGGAGUCCAAUCCCUAGUCGUACGCUCUCGAGAAAAGCAACGUAGCGGCGGCGGGGGGGGGUGAGCGGGGGCUGCGGCACAACGAAGACUCAUACAACACAAUCAAUGAAGUAUGGAGGAAGACUCGUAUAACACAAUCAAUGUAGUCUCAUGUAACACAAUCAAUGAAGUAUGGAGGAAGACUCAUAUAGCACAAUCAAUGUACUUAUAGUGUGGGUAUUUUAUUUCGAGGGGCAAAAUAUGGCGGUGGAGUUGAUGAGCUUCGCGAGUAGGUUGGUGUCGAGUUGGUGUUUUCCUUCCGGUGAAGUAUUGAAACUGCGGUUGGUUGUGUUCUUGCCUUGAUACGAUAACAGUUCUCGUGCGCAUGUUGCACGCCGAUUCAUCGGGGUAAGUGGCAGGCAACCCUCGCCAAUGUAUUGCGUGAUUUGAAAGAGAUGAGGAGCGCGCGCGAGCCGUGUGCGUUAACAGAGGCCGGAGCAAUGGAAGCCAACGUUUCUCUCCUGGCCUUCGCACCCUUGCACGUGCUCUUGGGUGAAAAUCACGAAUUGGAUUGGUUCUCGGCUACAGCUGAACACUGCGAUCACUAGAAGCGUGUAUUCCUUGACUUGGACAUCAGCGGUAGUUGCAAUACACCGGCAGGUGUCCUUGCCGUCAUCUUCUAGGCCUAUCCUUGAUGAUCGUUCGGCAACCUAUUUUUUUUUUUUUUUGUUCUUCACUUCAAAUCAGCGCUCACAGCACCAGUGCCGUUUAUUCCAACCCGUGGUCACACAGAAGAGCCCCUCUCUACCUUCCCCUCCUGCGGUACUUUGCCUACGGUUUUUCAUGCGAGAAGAGUUCAGCACUCUCUUCCCUCUGUGUACACACGAACUAGCGCUAUCCACUAGGCCAGGAGCGGAAGCGAGAGAAAAACUCACUUUGCAAGAAAAGCUCGCUUACGCCGGGAUUCGAACCCCUGACCUGACCUCUAGAAGGCUUCGAGGUUACCAACUAGACCACCGGGG